UUAUGUCAAAAAUCAAGGUUUUGGUUAACUUGGUUUUCUGUAUCUCAAGUUUAGUUGGAAGUGGUUGGGUCUUCUCCAGAUGAAGGGGGGGGGGGCUUUACGGUAGCCAUACUCCUUGUCAUGCUGAGAUUUUACAACUUGUAAAUGUGGGGUUGAAAUAUCACAUAGGAUUCAUAUUUUUCUUUAUUUUCAUGGGAAUCCUGAACUUCCCUAGGACACUGAUUGAUCUGACACAUGUGAUAGGAGGACUUGUCUUAGCGGUUGGCAUUUAUGCAGAAGUUGAAAGACAGAAAUAUAAAACCCUCGAAAGUGCCUUUUUAGCCCCAGCCAUCAUUCUGAUACUUCUGGGCAUUUUGAUGUUCCUUGUUUCCUUUGUGGGUGUGUUGGCUUCCUUGAGGGACAACCUGUCCCUUCUUCAAGCUUUCAUGUACAUCUUGGGAAUUUGUUUGCUCAUUGAGCUAACAGGAGGAGUUAUAGCCUUACUGUUCAGAAACCAGACAAUUGACUUUCUAAAUGAGAACAUCCGAAGGGGAAUUAAGAAUUAUUACGAUGACUUGGACUUCAAGAACAUAAUGGAUUUUGUUCAAAAGCAGUUUAAGUGUUGUGGCGGAGAAGAUUUUAAAGAUUGGUCUACUAAUCAGUACCAUGACUGCUCUGCCCCAGGACCACUGGCUUGUGGAGUUCCUUAUACUUGUUGCAUCAUGAACAAGACGGCAGUUGUCAAUACCAUGUGUGGAUAUAAAACUAUUAACGAAGAGCGCUUAAGCGUUCAACACAUUAUAUAUGUGAGGGGAUGCACAGACGCAGUACUCAUUUGGUUUUUGGACAACUACGCCAUCAUGGCAGGUGUUCUGCUUGGUAUAUUGUUGCCACAGUUCUUUGGCGUGCUGUUAACAUUUCUUUACAUCUCCCGAGUCGAAGAUAUAAUAGCUGAACACAAGCAGACACUACUUGGUGGAGGAAGACAGAAGACUGAUAUUGAGUUUACUGGAGCUGGGUGCUGUAUGUGCUACCCUGAAUAACGUCAAGUAAUCCUCUGAGGAAGAUGUAUGACUACAAGCCGUUUGUAUUGUGCCUUGAAUGAUGUCAACUGCUUGCACUUCCUGUGAUCUGGAAAGAAUAGUACAUAGGAAACAAAUGUCUUGGUUCUUUACAGACUUGUAGACAUGAUUUAUUUAGAGUAUUUCAGGCCUGAGCGCUGCUUAAUAUAGAUCACUGGCUUUUAUCUUGAAACGUGUACGAAAUCUAAAACUCAAGCCAUUUCCCUGUUUUUAGUAAAUUGUGUAGUUAAUUCAAGACAAAGAUUAUGAUCUAACUCAAUACAGUAAUUAUUGCAGAAAACUUUGAGAAGGGCUGUGUGGUUUAUUUAUCUUUGAAACCCUGCCACUAACAAGACAGAAUUAUUGUGAUUUCAAGGUAUCUUUCGGUCAUUUCAGAAUAUUAGUGACUUACCAAUGCCAUGUGGUAUAUACACAAAACUGUUCUACAACUGGAUCACUUCAGAAUAAUUACUCUACGUAGCUCUGUUUCAUAAAUACUAUCAAAGCAUACUUGCUGCUGUGUUUUUUUUACUAACUGGCUGAUUUUUUUAAAAAAUAUGUGAGUUUCAAGAAAGUUCUACUUAAUUAUUUAUUUUCAUAUUUUCACACCUUUGCUUCGCCACCUUGUAAGGCAAAGGUUGUAACAACAACUUUAUGGUGUAAUCAAGAGAUAUUUUGUGCAGGUGGAGUGGAAACCUAUGUAAGUAAUACACUACUUAAUCUUUCUAGCUUUCCAUAUGGAGUUUUCUUCAUACUGAUUCUUAAGCAAUGAAGUAUUUUCAUGUAUUUUAAGGAAGUGAUUUCUACUACCUGUGCAAUCAUGUUUUUAUGCUGCAUCUGAUGGGUUACUGAAAACACUAUGGAGGCCUUGAUGAGUCUUUUGUGCCUUUCUAAGCAGAGCCAUUGUCUGGCUUGAGUCAAGACAGGACUGCUUGCCUUGAUGAUGGGGUAGCUUAGAAUGUCAAUGGCCAGAACUCUGUUGGUGAUUUACAUGUGCCUGAGUGAAAAGGCAUAGCUCACUGGUGUGAACAGGGAUAUGCCAUUUAGAAUUUAAAAAAAAAAAUUAAUUCCCAGAAUUCUUCCAAGAGUUCCAGCCCAGAAAUGGAAAUCAGCACACCUGUAGAUGCUUUCUGUCUCAUAGAGAGGAGCUUUCCAGUGAUUUACCUGCACCAUUGGGCUCCAGGAGCCUUCCUGUUCUCAUCUGGUUGAUUUCAAAGAAACUAAGCUUCAUGGGAGGCACCCUCUAUAGACCCUAAUGGAUAGUGAAACUACACCUCCCAGGAAGCACUGCAACAGCUUCUUUCCUUUAGAAACAGCUCAACGGUGCAGUAAAGCAUUAGAAAGCUCCGGGGGGGGGCUACAGAUGUGGUGAUUUUGUUUUCUGGGGUGUAAUUUAUUGAAUUAUUGGAGAAUCCUGGGAAUUGAAGUUGAAAAAAUCUGAAUGGCACAUCCCUAGCGCUGCAUUGCUGUCAACUAAUAAGAUGCUGAUCGUAUUACAAGGCACAGGUCUGUUGCACAAUCAUGUGUGAGCCUCAUAACACAACUGGUGCCUCAUUACAUAGCAGCAGUUUGCUAUGAUGAGUUAUGCAUUGCUACUUUGCACAUAUAAAUCACAAACAGAUUAUGGCCAAAGCAUUACUGUAAAGUUUUUGUAUGGUAGAUAGAUUUCUUAUCACUGAUUAAUUAAGAGUCCUGGAUGUGUUGUAAUAUAUUUUUCUUGUGCUUUUUGUCUGCUAACUUGAUUCCUGGU